AUGGAAGACUUCAAUAGUCCCAAUGAAAAGGAAGCGGAAGCGAAAAAACGUUGGCAAAAGACAGAUGCUGUAUGUUUUGAUGUCGAUUCCACUUUAUAUGCUAAUGAAAUGAUCGAUGAAUUUGCAAAAUAUCUCCACUGCUAUGAAGUCGCCAAAUUCACUGAGGAAGCAAUGAAUGGUGAGAUUCCAUUUCGUGAAUCUUUAAAGAUUCGUUUAAGCAUUCUUAAACCGACGCGGAAACAAUUGGAUGAUUUUAUUCAAGAAAGAGAAUUAAGAUUGACACCCGGCAGUGAAGCUUUAGUUGCUGAAUUGCAUCGUCGUCUUAUUCCAGUUUAUUUGAUCAGUGGUGGCUUUUUUUCUAUGAUUCUUCCGGUAGCAAAGAUUCUUAAAAUUCCUGCGACAAAUAUUUAUGCAAAUGAGAUGUUCUUCGAUGAAAAUGGAUUUUUCAUUGGUUUCGAUGAAACAAGAGUAACCAGUGACUCAGAUUCUAAAAACUUCGGUAAAGCAGCAGUCUGUAAAAACUUAAAAGAUGAGAAGGGGUACCAAAAUUUAAUAAUGAUUGGUGAUGGUGUGACCGAUCUGGAGACGUCUGCACAAGCUGAUCUGUUCAUUGGUUUUGGUGGGAAUCGAUGUCGUGAAGUGGUAAAAAGAAAAGCGUCAUGGUUUGUAUAUGAUUUCGAUACUCUCAGGACAAGUCUAGUGAAUAAGUGA